AUGUGGUUACAAUCUGAGGGCUUUGUGGAGAUGGUUCAAGGCUGGUGGGUGACUUACAAAGUGGCAGGAUUGCCUAGUUCACGGUUAGCGAAAAAAUUAAAACUCCUUAAGUUAGAUUUGAAGAGUUGGAAUAGGGAGGUUUUUGGACAAUUGGGGGGGCAGAAGGCUAGAGUCUUAGAAGCUUUGCAGGUGUUGGAGGAGAAACAAGGUGGUGAGGGGUUGUCUGAGGCUGAUGUGGUUCGUCGGGAGGAAGUUCGGCAGGAAUUUGGUCAUAUUGCACACAUGAAGGAGAUUAGUUUCCGCCAGAAGUCUAGAUGUCUGUGGUUGAAGGAUGGUGAUCGUAACACUAAGUUUUUCCAUCGUAUGGCGAAUGCUCACCGGCGGGUUAAUCAGAUUGGUCGGAUUCGAGUAAAUGGGCUGGAGUUUUCGUCCUCAGAAGAGGUUAAGGCAAGUAUUGUGGGUUUUUAUGAGCAUUUGUUUCGGUACGUAAGGAAGGAGUGGCGUCCGGGUUUGGAUGGGGUAAGUUUUGAUGUUAUUUCAGAUAUAGACUGUACUUCUCUAGAAAGGCCAUUUACCGAAGAGGAAGUGUUUAAGGCUUUGCAAAGUGAAUUUGAGAAAAGUCUUAAUGCUACAUUUCUUGCCUUAAUUCCCAAGAAAGGGGGGGGGGAUAUUAGAGAUUUCCGGCCUAUUAGUCUUCUAGGGAGUGUGGUGUUGGAUAAAGUUUUGGCAAAUCGUUUGCGCGGUGUGUUGGUAGGGGUGGUAUCGGAAUCCCAGAAUGCUUUUGUGGGGGGUAGGCAAAUUUUAGAUGCGGUUCUUGUGGCGAAUGAAUGUGUGGACUCGCGGUUGCAUUAA